GGAAGCUUCGCGCUUGACUUAUAUCCAACUUGGACUUGGACUAUAGCGAGCAGAUUCCAUCGCUAGACUUGCAUAUCAUAUCCGUCGAACUUGUGGGACUCUAGGAAUGAGCUCUCGACGAAAAUCUUCCAGAAUAGAGUCCCUUCCAAGGCGUACAUUUCAAGAUGCUGUUGAAAGCGAUGAUGAUAGUCAGCCUCGCGGACGGAACCAAAGGGAGCCCUCACGAAAACGAAAAAGCGCGAAGACAAAGGCAAAAGGCAAGGCGACGGGCUCUGGGAAGUUGAGUCUGUUGCCUACUAUGCCUCUAGAUAUCCUAUAUGAGAUUUGUACCCACUGUCAACCAAAAACGCUGCUUGCUCUCACUCGAGUCAAUCGUCUCUUUCGGAAAGCAUUGCUGUCUAAGAACGCUCGGCCUGUCUGGCGAGAAAUGAGGAAACGGUAUAACGUACCGGAGCCUUUUGGACUGUCUGAGCCAGAAUGGGCGAGGUUAUUGUUCGAUAGUGCAUGUUGUCAGGUGUGCGGUGUGGGAGGUGUAACCCGGGUGGAAUUCAUUCUACAACGGCGAAUCUGUUACGGAUGUAUCAAACAUAACGGAGUCAGCGAAGGAAGAUUUCGCUCGAAAUAUUGGAAUCUUGAUAAAUCUAUUCUGGACUAUGUCCUACCUUCUCCAGGGCAAUCCGGCUCCCAUCCCACCAUGUACUUCAAUUGCCAAGAAAUUGACGCUGUACACCAUGAGUUACUCGGAAGAUUUGGUUCAACCAGAAUUAUGUACCUUGAAAAACGGAAAACGUAUCUUAACAAGCUCUCGGAACAUGCCGCACGAUGCGAUAAAUGGAUGAACCACGAGUAUGUUUCUAUCAAAAACGAAGAAUUUCGGUUAGAUCGUGAAGCUCGUUUCGCGGCUAUACAAACCCGACUCUUGGAGCUAGGUUACUCGCGAGAAGAUACAAUCUCUGUGAAACAUGUGCCCUGCGUCGACAAAGAUUCACUACUCACGAAUCGAAGUUGGGCAAUGAUCAAAUCUCAAGUCCUGCUGAAGAUUAAAAGGCAUCGCACGAACGCCUUCUUCGACAGCGAUACGACGUCGGGCUCCAUCCUGUCGAUCCGCCGAGAGACGUUGUCCCGUUUAUAUACGGACUUCAAGAGAUCUCUUCCUGACAUCAGAAACUGGGCAGACUAUCCCCAUUUCCGAACCCUUUGUCUCCUUCCAGCAUUGCAUGACGUACUUGUUUCCCCGGACAGUGUCGCCGUUACUGAGGCUCAGUUGCGAGAAAUUGUUCAUAGCGACUCGCUUCAGAACGAAAUUCAAGCAUAUGUAGCGUCGCUGAAAGCCCAUGUUACUAAAGCGAUUGACGGAAGAAACCAUUCCGUCUCCCAGAGACUCAACGCUCCAGCGUGCUCGUUUUCACCCGCACCACCAUCGAACGUAUUAUGCGGCCUUGUCCCGCUGGGUGGACCUGAUUCAAUUGAUCUAGCCAUGACUGUCACCUCUUGUGCUAUCUGCUGGAAACGGGGAUUUUCUUUGAGCGACAUGGUCAGACACCCUUGUCGUAUCGCGACCAUAUUCGGAAACCUUCCAGAGUUGAAAGAAGGGGUUGGCGAGCCAGUCGUGAAUGCCCCAAUUUCUCUGCUUGAAUCGGGAGUAAGUCUAGUGUCUGCGUCGGGUUUUCAGGAUGUAGCAGCGACCACGGUCAGUGAUAUGGAUGGGUUGGGGGCGUUUUAUAAGUGUUUGGUUUGUCAAGAAAGUCCAGGUUAUGUCGGGACGUGGAGGGAAUGCAUUGAGCAUCUCGAUUCACAUUACCGCAAGGAUCUCGUUACAAAAUGGAUGGAGGUUGUGAGUAACCGGGAGCUGGGUGAGAGGAAGGAUGAGAGACUGUGUUGGUCUUGUGGGUGGUGCAACGAGCAUGUUGACGCUCCGACAACACGAGCUGGUGUCUUGGAACAUCUGCAUGUGGAGCAUCGGAUCUCGGAGGCUCAUGUUCCUAAAGAUUUUUUCUGCGUACAAAGCUGGUGAUCUUGUUAUUUUUGUCGACACACCAUCUAUAAAUUUGUGUUAACACUUAUCUAAUGAUCAUUUCUUGUGGGAUGCAAACCUUACGGUAGAGGCGAGAGAAUUGAAAACUCGUGGACAUCGAAUAUUGUGCG